GAUGCGGACGCCAGUGGUUAUGACGCUGGGCAUGGUGCUCGCGCCCUGCGGGCUGCUGCUCACCCUGACGAGCACGCUGACGCCAGGCUGGCGGCUGGUGAAGGGCUUUCUAGACCAGCCGGUGGACGUGGUGCUGUACCAGGGACUGUGGGACAUGUGCCGCGAGCAGAGCAGCCGCGAACGCCAGUGCGGCCAGCCAGACGAAUUGGGAUACUUCGCGGCAGAGCCCGUGAAGGUGGCACGGGGACUCAUGGUCACGUCGCUGGCCGUCACAGCCCUGGGGCUGCUGCUGGCGACUCUCGGCGUGCGCUGCUGGCAGGACGAGCCCCACUUCGCGCUGGCUGGGCUUUCGGGCGUCGUGCUCUUCGCCGCGGGCCUCUUGAGCCUCAUCCCAGUCUCUUGGUACAACCACUUCUUGGCAGAUCGCGCCGUCCUGCCGGCUCAGUCCAGCCCGGUCACCGUGCAGGUCGGCUACAGCCUGGUGCUGGGCUACCUGGGCAGCUGCCUGCUGCUGUUGGGUGGCUUCUCACUGGCUCUCAGCUUCGCUCCUUGGUGCGCAGAGCGCUGUCGGAGCUGCCGCAAGGCCUCCCCCAGCAGCGCGCGCCGCAGCAGCAUUAGCACCGUUCACGUCGACUGGCUCACGCCAGCCAUCAAGUACUACAGCGACGGCCAGCACCGGCCGGGGCCCGCCCAGCUCGGCCCUACCAGCCGGCGAAAGGCAGGCUUCCCGAUGCCCCGGCCGCCGCCCAAGGCCUACAGCAACCAGGUGGACGUGCUCGACGGAGAGAAGUCUCCCGACUCCCACCUUGACGGGUCCUCCCGCAGCACCCGGCCCUGCGGCAGCGCGCUGCCUUGCGACUCUGACUUGUAGGCAAUGCCCCAGCCUGCCCUGGCCAGGAGGUGUCUGGCUGAAGGACUCGCCCCACGUGGUCCAGCCUGGAACUUAGCUGUUACUGUUAUGCUGAAACACCUGGCUUGGAGUCGGACCCCCGGGUGACCUUCCUUUCCUGUGGCCAAACUCGACUCCUUGGACAAUUAGUUCAGGUUGGGUU